UCAAUGUGAAUAUACUCGUUUUGGGUUCGUAAUACCAAACACACGUAUAAUUGUACUGUAAAUCGACAGUUGUGUACGUGCCAUUCGACCCUAAUGCGCUUGCCGGUGAACGGCGCGUGGAAAUGUUUGGAAUAUACGGUCAGUCGCUCACAGACGUUUCACCUGGAGGACCACUGGGUAGUUAUCAUUACUUUUUAAACUUUUUUGUUUUGUAAAUUAUUUUAUUUCAUUUCACCAGUAUUUUUGUUGAAAACAGUAUUGAAUUUGUAGUUUGAAAAUGAUUCAUUAUUAAGUAUAAAGUAUCAUCAAUUGGACAAGAUGUAUUUGAGAAAAUAUGAUACUGCUUUUGUUGAUAGUUCUGUUUAUUAUAAGUCCAAGUUUUGCUUCAAAAAUUUUCGAAGACCGAAGUAAGUAACAAUUUUUGUAUAAUUAUUUUUUAGCUUAUGCAUGUUUAUAAAAUAUAAAAAGGUAUUAAUAAAAUUGCUUCAACGAGCUUUUGUUGGAUUUUUUCUUAAGAUCAGGAUGUUAAUGAAUAACAUAUAAUAAAACUUUAUGCUCUGUGAUUCUUGUUUAAGUUAUUUGAAUCGCAAAUAAAUUAGCGUGCCCUCCUUAGUGAACAUUGCAUAGAAAAUUGACAGCAUCGGUCUAAUAGGACACUGGUCUUCUUAGGACUGUGUCUCGUGCCACUUGUAAGCCUUCUGAUCACCUUCAGGAGACUUGUAUCAUCGAGUAUUUAUUGGUGAACUCGUUUACUAACCGGAAAUUCAUCAUUUACUCAUUUCUCAAUGAAAAAUAAUCAUACAUAAAAUUAUGUUACAACUAUUUAAAUCUUUUCAUUUAUAAGAAAAUUUUUAUAAAUUGUAAAGUAAAUUACAAUAAUAACGUAGAUUUAUAUUGACAUUUAAUAACUGUCAUAAACAUCAAGGGAAUUUAAAAAUUUUUUCGUAAAAAAAUUGAAUGAUUAUUAUUUUGAAAUAAAAUUAAAAUUUAUUUAUCUGAUUGGAUAAGAAAAAUGGAAUUCGGAAGUGAUACAAAAACUGCGGCAAAACUUUCAUCUCUUUAUAAAGUGGUAGUUUUAUUUUUUAUGUAAUAGACAUAGUAAUUGAGCAAAUGUAGAAAGUGUAUGUCUCAUCAUAUAUUUUUGUUCACAACAUCUUGCGUAUUGUGAUACCAAUGAAAUGUUUAGAAUUUAACCAUUAUUAAAAGUCUUGGUGAAUGGAUGGGCUCCACUUGUUUGGCUAGCACCUGGAGAAAGAUUUAUGCCUCUCGGUGUACCCGACUUCUUAGAGCACGUGCAAGCCGGUGACAAUUACCUGCGUACACGUGUUGAUGUCAAGACAUUGUUGAUGAAUGAGUCUUCAUUUCUAUAUGGUAAAGAACCAGCUGAUUCAGUGCCGGUUUAUGCAUUUGUAAAAAAUUGCUUAAGAUUACCAUUAUUAUCACAGCAACCAUCACUGUCUUUAUCUCCUUCAUCUUCUUCUCUGGUCAUUAAUUCAAAGAAUUUAAAUUCAAUUAAACUUGAGAAAAGACGGACAAAAGAAAGGCGGGCAUUGAUUUUUAAAAAAAAUUUGAAUAAUCUGGAUAUUCAAAGCAAUGAGGUCGGUACGAAAGCUGAGCCAAAUCACAGGGAGGCGACAUUGAUCUCAGAGGGAAACAGGUUGAGGAAGCUGCACUUUCACGUGACCUAUUGGAUGUUCUAUCCGUUCAGUGAGGGAAAGGCGGUUUGUGUUCUGGAUCUUGGUUUUUUUGGUACAUGGCCGAUUCCAAGUGUGGGGGGAAUCUGUCUUGGACAGCUUAAAGAGUAUGGUAAUCACGUGGGUGAUUGGGAGCAUAUGAGUCUUUACUUUAAAGGAGAUGAUCAUCCCGUGGCAAUGUACGUGUCUGCUCAUGAUGCUGGUGCAUUUUAUCGCUACGAUGUGAGAAGCGGAACUUUCAUUUACGAGAGUCAAGAAACCCGGAAGGGUAUUUUUCAAAAGCCUAUUUUUCCUGAGAAAGUAUUUACAUCAAGCGGAUCUCAUCCAGUUUUAUUCAGUGCUAAAGGAUCUCAUGGACUUUGGACAGCACCAGGUAAACAUAAAUUUGUCAGGCUACCAAGACUUUAUGAUGAGAGUGGAUUUGGCACUCCGUGGCCUACUUGGAAGAAGCUUGAAUUACUCUUCACUGACAAUCCUGAUUCUGCACCUGCAUGGUUGACAUUCAAAGGUAAAUGGGGCAAUCCUAGAAGUAAUUGUCAUCCUUUAGUUAAAUUAGGAUUUAAUAUUUGUGAAUUUGUUGAUGGUCCUACCGGAAUUCCAACCAAAAAAGGUAGUUUUCAGUGUUAAAGGUUUUGAACUGAAUGUGUUUUACCUUUCUUGGAAAAUUUCUAUUAGUUUUAUUUAUUUUAUAUGUAAUUCCAAUAUUCAAAAUAUGUAUAUGUAUAUAUUAUAUAUUUAUAUUUCUUUU